AUGACCUCGAUCCCUUCGGUGCUUCGAGUGAAGCGGAAACGGACCGAUGACCCUCUCCAGGCACUCAUCCUCGAGGACCAACGGGUAAAUAAGCGCAGCAAGACGGUACUGCCCAGUCCCCGUCUGGGGCUGCCGGCGCCGUUGAGUGUGUACCAGCUCGCCCGUACCGAUGACCACGACCACAACAUGGACGGCCAUACAUUACUCCAAGAGAGUGUCGGCGAUGGCCAACGACGACAAUUCGUGCUCAAACCGACACAGGAGCUGGCUGAGGAGGAAUUGCCCCCGGCAUUGUCGGAUAUGGUGGAAUCGUUCAUCAACACCACAGACACGGAUGCACCCCCGCCUCGAAGACGCCGCGGCCGCCGGGCCAGCGACUUCGGAGCCAAGGUGGCUUCUCCGCUUGAUGAGUACGUUUACGAUGUCUACCAGCUUGCCCCUGUGACUCUGGCGACUCACCCGAAACUGAUGAUUGGCUACGUGCAAUUCUUUGACGAAAAUGGCGACAAUCUCUACCCUUCUGACGAAGCCAAUAGUGACCGAGUGGUUCUGGAUGAUGAGGAUCUGAACGCGGAGCUGUUUUAUCAAAAUGACUACCCCUCCGAUGAGGACGCCGGCUCGGUAGCGCUGGCGACGAGUGCGCUCUAUUUGGAUGACGACGACAUCGAAUACAUCGAAGGGGUCGACUAUUUGGGUUCGUUCAAUCUGCAUGACGACUCCACCGAGAGCUGGGCUCACGGCGGAUUUGUCGACGGUGAUGUAUCCCGACAAUCGUUCUUCCCCUCUGACAUCGACGAUCCCAUGGCCCAGCAUCGUGAUCGUAUUUUUGGUCGAUUGCAGAAGAUGAUUGACGAAGACUAG